GAGGAAGAAGGAUUGGGGUGGUUGGCUAUGGUGGAUGGGUGUAGGUGGUGGAGGAGGAAGAAGGGUUGGGGUGGUUGGCUAUGGCGGACAGGUGUGGGUGAUGGGGGAGGAAGAAGGGUUGGGGGUGGUCGGCUAUGGUGGAUGGGUGUGGGUGAUGGAGGAGGAAGGGUUGGAGAUGGUCGGCUAUGGUGGACGGGCGUGGGUGAUGGAGGAGGGAGAAGGGUUGAGGGUGAUCGGCUAUGGUGGACGGGUGUGGGCGAUGGAGGAGGAAGAAGGGUUGAGGGCAGUUGGCUAUGGUGGACGGGUGUGGGUAGUGGAGGACGAAGAAGGGUUGGAGGUGGUCGGCUAUGGUGGACGGGUGUGUGUGAUGGAGGAGGAAGAAGGGUUGAGGGUGGUCGGUUAUGGUGGACGGGCGCGGGUGAUGGAGGAGGAAGAAGGGUCGAGGGUGGUCGGCUAUGGUGGACGGGUGUGGGUGAUGGAGGAGGAAGAAGGGUUGAGGGCAGUUGGCUAUGGUGGACGGGUGUGGGUGAUGGAGGAGGAAGAAGAGUUGAGGGCGGUUGGCUAUGGCGGACGGGUGUGGGUGAUGGAGGAGGAAGAAGGGUUGAGGGUGGCCGACUAUGGCGGACCGGUGUGGGUGAUGGAGGAGGAAGAAGGCUUGAGGGUGGCCAGCUAUGGUGGACGGGUGCGGGUGAUGGAGGAGGAAGAAGGGAACUUGGGGUGAAAGAAUAGCGGUGGAGAUGAAGGGAGGAUAGGCACGAGACGACCCUCAGCCCGUGUCG